ACACCCAUACGAUACUAUCAUCUCGUAUCACUAACCAAAAAACAAAACUAAAACAUGGGGUUCUUGGGUAAGAGUGUAUUGGUGUGUCUCAUUGCACUUUGGUGCUUCACUUCCUCUGCCUUCACUGAAGAAGUGAACCAUGUGACUCAAACACCUUCCUCUGCUCCUGCUCCGGCUCCUUACCACCACGGCCACCACCACCACCACCCACACCCUCCCCAUCCCCACCAUCCUCACCCUCACCCUCCGGCAAAAGCCCCUGUUAAGCCACCGGUUUCUUCACCAACUAAAACUCCGGUUAAGCCUCCAGUUUACCCUCCAGCCAAAGCCCCGGUCAAGCCCCCAACUAAACCCCCGGUUAAACCACCAGUUUCUCCACCAGCCAAACCUCCGGUUAAGCCCCCGGUUUACCCUCCGACCAAAGCCCCGGUUAAGCCCCCAGUUUACCCUCCGACCAAAGCCCCUACUAAGCCCCCAACUAAACCCCCGGUUAAGCCUCCUGUCUCUCCUCCAGCCAAGCCACCGGUGAAGCCGCCGGUUUACCCGCCGAAGUUUAACAGGAGCCUAGUCGCCGUUCAGGGUACGGUCUUCUGCAAAAGCUGCAAAUACGCUUCUUACGACUCACUCACUGGCGCCAAACCAGUUGAAGGUGCAAAGGUGAGACUAGUUUGUAAGAGCAAGAAGAACAUAGUCGCAGAGACCGAGACAGACAAGAACGGAUACUUCAUGUUGUUGGCUCCGAAGACGGUGACCAACUUCGGUUUCAGAGGAUGUCGUGCGUAUCUUGUGAAAUCAAAGGACUACAAAUGUAACAAAGUCUCCAAGCUCUUCGGUGGAGAUGUCGGCGCCGUGCUCAAGCCAGUGAAAACGCCGGGAAAAUCUUCGGUGGUCAUUAACAAACUCACCUACGGUGUCUUUAACGUCGGUCCUUUUGCGUUCGACCCAGUCUGCCCCAAAUGAAGAUGAUUGAGAUGCUCUGGUUACUUUCUUGAAUACGUUAAGUUCAAAAGAGUGAAUUGGGUGAGAGCGAGUUAUGUGUUUCCGCGUUGCAAGUGUUAUCUUAGCUAGAUUUAAGUUAAAUGUUUGUGUUUUAUGAAUGUGGGCUUUUUAAUGAAUGUGUCCUUAAGUGACGUUUAAAGUUUCGUUUGAAUAAAAAUAGCCAGCUUCAAGAAGAUCAUCGGUUUUAUC